UAUUGCAAAUGGCGGUGCAUGGAGUGAUAACUGUUGUCUUUUUAGUUAUAGUGGAUAUAUUUCUCGCCACACUGUUUUUGCUGAAGUCAAAUUGGACAAAAGUGUCAUGGUUGACCGCUACAUCAGAUCUUCAGUUUUGUACAACGUCAGUGGACUUGUGGUUAACCGCCAUUUCUCGUUUUUCCUUGAUCGCAGGAGCAAUCUUGGGCACAAGAUUAAAUGCAACGCAAGGACGUGCUCGUUUGAGGCUGUCUAGAAAGCUCAUAUAUUGUUUAUCGUUUGGUAUCGUUGUUUAUGUCCUAGCAAAGUUUCUAGCAAGUACAGAGUGCGUUGAAACACGCAGUUCCAAGGUAUGGCUUUGGUUGUUUUUUGGUCAUACUGCCGUGUUUUCAGUCACUUUUUCUUGGAGUUGGUGGGUGAUGGGUAGUGGAGCAUUGCAGAAGACUGUGCUUGUGGUUAAUGAAGAUCAAGAGGUUGGCUCAGUGCUGGAAAUACAAGGAUCUUUGUCAUCUGAAUCUGAUGAUGAAAGCGUUGACUCAGAGGAUAGCUCUCAUGACAGCAACACAAAUGAUGCAAAAAGCAAAGUUACAAUAUCAAAGCUUCUUUCUGUAUCCAGACCAGAUAUCCACUAUCUUUUCCUGGCAUUUCUAUUCCUUCUUUGUGCCGCAGUCGGGGAGAUGUUUAUUCCUUACUACACCGGCCAAGUCAUUGACAGCAUUGCCAUUGAAAAAGACAGUGCUAAAUUUCAUAGAUCCAUCAUCAUAAUGGGCUUGUUAUCCUUCAUAACUGCCAUCUGUUCUGGUUUUCGGGGCGGUAUAUUCACUCUUGUAUUGAGUCGGUUUUACAUUCGAGUUAAUAAACUUCUAUUUGGUUCCAUAAUCAAUCAAGAAAUCGCCUUCUUCGAUAAAACUAGAACUGGAGACAUCGUUUCUCGUUUGACUUCAGACACGAGCAAAAUGGGCGAACAAGUUACAUUGAACAUCAAUGUCUUUCUAAGAAAUGUUGUUACAGCACUAGGUGUGUGCGUACUAAUGUUUCAUAUUUCAUGGAAAUUGAGUACAAUGACCCUAAUAAGUAUACCAGUGGUGGCAGUCAUCUCCGAUGUGUACGGUAAAUAUUUUCAAAAGCUUUCCGAGAAAGUGCAAAAUUCUAUUGCAAAAGCGAAUGAGGUGGCGGAGGAGGUUAUUUCUGCCAUGAGGACAGUGAGGAGCUUUGCAAAUGAAGAUGGCGUUAUGAACGAGUAUGCAAGGAAAUUGGAUAAAACCUAUGCCUUAAACAAGAAAGAGGCAUUGGUGUACGGUGGUUAUACUUGGUGUAACCAUACUUUGGAGAUGAUUACUGACGUACUAACGUUAUAUUAUGGCGGACACUUGGUAAUGAGAGGAGAAUUAAGCGGCGGUAAUCUCGUUUCGUUUCUCCUCUAUUCCUUGAGUCUGGGCCACGCUAUCGAGGAAAUUGGUGAUGUUUAUACUGGAUUAGUGGAUGCUGUUGGUGCUGCAGAAAAGGUAUUCCAGUACAUAGACAGGGAGCCUGAGAUACCUAAUAAUGGGACUUUGGCGCCAAGUGAAUUUUCGGGUAGAGUGGAAUUCAAGAACGUCACGUUCUCCUACCCAACUAGGUCUGACUCCACUGUCUUGAAAGAUAUCUCUUUCAUCGUUGAACCUGGAGAAAUGGUUGCUAUUGUCGGCUCGAGCGGUGCUGGAAAGAGCACGUGUAUCAAUCUUCUAGAACAUUUCUACGAACCCGGCGAAGGUGAUGUUCUAAUUGACGGGAUUUCCGUGAAAGAGUUUGAUCACAAAUUCCUCCACGACAGAGUCGCAUUGGUAGGACAAGAACCUGUGUUAUUUGCCAGAAAUUUAAAGGAAAACAUUGCUUAUAACUUCGAGUGCAGUACAGGAAACGAACUUGAGGAGAAAGUUGAAAACGCGGCGAGAUUAGCGAAUGCACAUGAUUUCAUCACAGAUUUAGCUCAGGGAUAUGAUACUCAAGCAGGCGAGAAGGGACAGCAGCUUUCUGGCGGGCAGAAGCAACGCGUUGCUAUCGCCAGAGCUCUGAUUCGCAAGCCUUCAGUGGUGCUCUUCGAUGAGGCCACGAGUGCUUUGGACGCGGAGAGCGAGUAUAAGAUACAACAAGCGAUGUUUGAGAAUUUGAACGGCAGGACGGUGAUUGUGGUCGCGCACAGGUUCAGCACGAUCGAGAAAGCGAACAGGAUUAUUGUCAUGGAGAAAGGAAGCAUUGUUGAGGUUGGAAAUCAUUCCGAGCUCAUGGCUAAAGAAGGCACGUACGCAAAGUUGGUUCGACAUCAGUUGGUUAAAAAUGAAGAAAUGAACGAGGAUGAGAAUUUCAGGACUUGAUGAUGUUAGACGUUAAAUUUACGUUAAAUUUAGUGAAAUUUU